GCUACUCAGGAGAAACGAAAUGAUCUGCCCUGGAGCCGCAGCAAAAUGCUGGAUGGACACCUACUCCUGGGAUGGUUAUCGUUCACAGUUAUAGUGUACCUUCUCAACUUGCCGGGACCGACAACAGCUUAUUUCGGAUUGACAGGUAAUGAACCCCUGUCCAUCCUUCCGCUGAGCUCUCACCCGGAGGAGAACGUGGGCAGGGCCCACUACAAGCUGUGUGACCGGCUCAAACUGGAGAAAAAGCAGCGCAGGAUGUGCAGACGAGACCCAGGGGUGGCUGAGACGCUGAUGGAGGCCAUCAGCAUGAGCGCCCUGGAGUGCCAGUAUCAGUUCCGCUUCGAGAGAUGGAACUGCACCCUGGAGGGGCGCCACAGAGCGAACAUUCUGAAACGAGGCUUCAAGGAGACAGCUUUCCUGUACGCCGUCUCUUCGGCGGGCCUGACCCACGCCAUGGCCAAGGCCUGCAGCGCCGGGCGGAUGGAGCGCUGCACCUGUGACGAGGCCCCAGACCUGGAGAACCGCAAGGCCUGGCAGUGGGGGGGUUGCGGCGACAACCUGAAGUACAGCAACAAGUUUGUCAAGGACUUCCUGGGCAAACGCUCCAACAAGGACCUGCGUGCACGUGUAGACAUGCACAACACCAACGUGGGCAUGAAGGUGAUUAAGGCUGGGGUGGAGACCACUUGUAAGUGCCAUGGGGUUUCAGGCUCCUGCACCGUCCAGACCUGCUGGAGACAGCUGUCUCCCUUCCAUGAGAUCGGUAAGCAGUUAAAACAGCGCUACGAGACCUCCAUGAAGGUGGGCAGCUCCACCAACGAGGCCACCGGGGAGGGGGACAUAUCCCCUGGCAGAGCCCAGCAGCAGCAGCCCGUGCCAGGUCCCAACGACCAGAUCCCUCGUACCAUGGACCUGCUCCACAUCGAGGACUCGCCCAGUUUCUGCCGGCCCAGCAAAUACUCGCCGGGCACAUCGGCACGCAAGUGCUACAAAGACAAGAACUGUGACGCCAUCUGCUGUGGGCGGGGCCACAACACCCAGAGCCGAGUGGUGACGAGGCCCUGUCAGUGCCAAGUGCGCUGGUGCUGCUACGUCGAAUGCAAGCAGUGCACACAGAGAGAAGAGGUCUACACCUGCAAAGGGUAGUCCCAGGCACAAUCCCCUGGCCAUUCAAGCUGGUGGAGGUUGGUGGUGGUGCUGAAUGGAUCGAUGGACGGAUGGAAGAUGGUUGCUGGUCAUUUCGUUCUCGGACGAAUGUCUUGCCGAAGUGGACAAUGGACAGUAGAAGUGGAGAGGAGCCCAACGGAGGAGCCAUAAGCACUUUGAGGGAUUUCCGGGGUUGUUUCUGACAUGCUGUGGCCCCAACUCUAGAGGUUGGAGGAGAGAUUGCCCCUGCCAAACAACAGGGUCAGUGUCCCAUGCUUUUUGUGGCUGAGUUGCCUUGGAGAGAGACUACCUCCUCCAUUCAGCAUUCAGUCAGACCUGUCAGUGAGAAAACACAGGGCUUGGCAGCUGUCUCCAGCGAGCAUGCUGUUAAUGAGGAUCCAAUACAAGGACAAUAAUAGCAAACGUUUUCAGGCCUUGCCUAAAGUAGUGUGUGUGUUGGCAGAGUGAAAGGGUUCAGGGGGGUGGUCAAAUGACAACUUCUAUGGCAAUCAGGACCAUACUCUGAAACUGUUAAGAGGACAGGGUGCAAGCUUUAUUUUACACGCACAUAUUUACACUCACACGCAAAUGUGUGUAUGCAUAUGUAUGUAAAUAGAUUCAAUUGUAUUAUAUUGAUAUUAUACAAGCCACUUAUCUGAAUAUGCUAUGACAAACCACUAACCACACAAAUGUUUUGUUGUUUGUGUGUUCGCGCUCUUUAUUUUUCUGAAUUAAUUUUGACAAGGCCCUUUGGAACGCAGCACAUUUUGUGUUUUUUCUCUCGCUGUGAAUACAAAAUGGACCCUUUGGGACAGAUUUUCACAAGGAGAGAACACUUGUUCACUUUUCUUUGUCUCUUUUUACACUUUAGUGAAACUGUUGGUGAAUGCAAGAACAGAAAAUUUGAUCUUUGCCAGCUAAUUUAGGCUAUUUUUGGCCUUGAGCUACAAUGUUCAGGGAAUAAUCGAAACCACUAUACUUAUUUGGACUAAAGAAAGAAUGAAAAAUCAGUGAAUCUGUAUUCAAUUGUAGUUUGAGGAGGGAUUGGCCUAGUAUUUAGUCUGCUACCAUCCCCAUGACAACAGGUAACCACCUGACCAGCAGAGUUUAUCUUCCAAAAUUGUUGACUUGAUGCAAACCCCAUUAGCUAAUGGAGAUGCAGUAUGGUGUUAUUUGUAAAGAAUUUAGUUUUUAUUGUUGCUUUUGUCUGGCUUUUUGAUGCCUGUCUGAUAUAAAACAUAAAAUAUUAUAAUCAAAACUGGAGACCACAGGAACUGUAGCCCCCUAAUAUCAUAUCUUUCUUGCCUCUCUCUCUACAUCUACAAUUUGAUCAAGCCUCCACCCUCGUAUUAUUGGGUUGGUUAAAUUGAACAGCAUGGGGCAAUAGAGACUGAAAUAUAAGUUGACAUAUCUGCAAAACUGUUCAAAUGACGAGCAGCAGAGUGGAUCCGUGCCAAACUACAGUGCGAGACAUCACCCAGACAACCUGCCAUUUGCAAUUCUGUAUGACUGUAGACACCUGGCAAACAAUUACUAGCAUUACCAAUCACAUUAACAUUGUAUUUGAUAUCCAGCAUAGUUCAGCCUUAUUUUAGAUGGUUGUGAAUUAACUACUGAGUGAGGACCCGACAUGUAUGAUAGCCCCAUUCACGCACUGAAGCCUGGAAACCUUUCAUUUCCCUUAAUAUUUAAAGUCCUGUAUUUAUGAAUAUCUACAGCGCUUUCUUUUUGUUUGUAAAUACAAAUAAAUAAAGUAAGGUUUAUUCUCCUGUGGUAUAGGGACCAGAGUAAGGCAUAUGGAUAAAUCUCACCGGCAAUUGAAAAGGAAAUUGGUAGCAAGACAGAGGUUGGACCAAGACAUAAUGCUGGGAAGUCUAGUGGCAGAAUAUUGUUGAUUUGUCGGCUAAGGCUAACCAUGACUAUGGAGUAAUUGCUGCUGUAAACUUGUGAUUGUAGGAGGUUGUAAUCAUCAGUAAGUGAAACCUGAGUGCCAACGUCAGUAGGUCACAUGCCAGCUUCCCUCAAAGAUGUCCCAGACCUCAACUAUGUCCGAAAUACAUAUUUUGCCUGUAUUUUAAUGGUGACGCUAAAAGAGUCGAAAUUGGAAUCAAACCACCUACACCGAUACAGGAAAAUCCUCGUUCUGGGAAGAGAGCCUGGGGGAAGUUGUUCGUCCAGAGCAGUUGAAUUCCAAACAUUUCCAAAUGAGGAGGCAUGCCAAAUAAAGAAUGGUCAAAACAUAUACAUAGAACUUUGCACGCUACAUGGAAACCGUAAUGGCUAUGCUGAGAGGCCUGUCUCCCACAGCUUGUGGUGUGUGUAUCCUACACAUUUCACUGCCUUCGACUGUGGUUCUCUAUAGUGGUAAUUUAUUGAAUGGAUAUAAAAUAGUUAAACAGUCAUGAGAGAAACACAUUAUGCACAUUGCGUGUGUUUUGUAGGCUUCAUAUUGUACAUAUACACUAUAUUAUUUUCAAGACAAAGGACAGCAUGAUACAACCGUCUGUUUUCAAUGUCAUUGUCUUAGUCCUCCAUAAUCUAUUUUUGAACCAAUAGCUCUGCACUGUUGUCAGUGGAUUAUGUAUACAAAUAAAUCUAUUUUGUAGGAAAAAUGAAAAUAAAAGAAAGAUAAAUUAUUUUAAAAUAUAUUAUGAGCAUGUGUUCAGUGUAAAUAACGUCAAGUCAGAACUGAUUUUUUACCCUUUAUUUUUUAUUCUGUUCUUUAGGUGCAAUGGGUGUUCGCUUUUUGGGGUUGCAGUGACAAGAGGCAGUGUACACUUUGCUUUUAGGUCACAUCAUUUGUUCAUGUCUAACAAUCGCAGUUGUUUUAAGCACAAAGUAAAUCCUACUAAUUUGAUUGCGUUUGACACAAGAUGCAUUUCUGAAGGUAUUUAAAAUGGUUCAUACUAUAACUAGAUGAAUCUGAAAUUUGACAUUGCGCAGCCCUGUGCAAAUAGUUUGUUGUAUUUGUAGAUGUGAUUUAUGGUUUAGAACAAUGGUGAGAAACAUUGCUGGGUUUGUAGAUGGCUGAACGUAUAUGUAUACUGCUAAACUAUAAAGAAUGUGAUAUUGGUGUGUGGAUUAAUUGAUCCUCUAGUCUCUUUUGCCAGGCCAAUAAUUUCCCCCCAAAAUGAAAUUAACAAGGUUUACGUUAACCAUGUAAAUUUGUUCCAGGAUUUGUCCUGUGCCUGUAAAUAAACACAACAAACAUGUAUUGCCCUUUUGUGAUGAUACUAUACCAACAAAGAUUUGUCUAUGUUCACUUAUUCAUGUCUUAUGGGAACCCUAAAUUAUUUUCCUCUACCUCAUGUGUAUAGCUUGUCGGUAUAAACAGAUCACAAAUGACUGGUAAGAAUGUAUUUAAGUUAUUUAACAUCUUUGUAUAACAAAGGCAAGAAAAUCUGAAAUAAUAAAAUAAUUUUGUAAUUA